AUGAGUGAGGAAAGUUUAUUUGAUGUUUCUUCGCAGAAGCAAGAGUAUGAAGUCACAGAUUUUUCACCAAAACAUUCUAAAUUAUCGCCUCAUUUCAUAGGCUAUCACACAGUCGAUACAGCUGAAGAUUCGCCACUCAAAAAUUUCGUUAAAAGUCAUGGUGGUCACACGGUUAUCUCAAAAGUUUUAAUUGCAAAUAAUGGUAUUGCAGCAGUUAAAGAAAUUCGUUCUGUAAGAAAAUGGGCGUACGAAACUUUUGGCAAUGAAAGAGCAGUUCAAUUCGUUGCAAUGGCAACACCUGAUGAUUUAGAAGCAAAUGCUGAAUACAUUCGUAUGGCAGAUCAAUACGUCGAGGUGCCAGGUGGGACAAAUAAUAAUAACUAUGCUAAUGUUGACUUAAUUGUUGAUAUCGCGGAAAGAGCAGAUGUUGAUGCAGUUUGGGCUGGUUGGGGUCAUGCUUCAGAAAAUCCAAUACUUCCGGAAAGUUUAGCAAAAUCGAAAAGAAAAGUUAUCUUUAUUGGUCCUCCUGGUAAUGCCAUGAGAUCGUUGGGUGAUAAAAUUUCUUCAACCAUUGUCGCCCAACAUGCAAAAGUGCCUUGUAUUCCAUGGUCUGGUACAGGUGUUGAUGAAGUUAAAAUUGAUAGUGAAACAAAUUUGGUCUCUGUUGCACCAGAUGUUUACGAAAAAGGUUGCUGUACAUCACCAGAAGACGGUUUAGUAAAAGCAAAAAAGAUCGGUUUCCCGGUUAUGAUCAAAGCCUCCGAAGGUGGUGGUGGUAAAGGUAUUAGAAAAGUUGAGAGUGAAGACGAUUUCGUUACUUUAUAUCAUCAGGCAGCAAAUGAAAUUCCCGGUUCACCAAUAUUUAUUAUGAAAUUGGCUGGCAAAGCCCGUCAUUUGGAGGUUCAGUUAUUAGCAGAUCAAUAUGGUACAAAUAUUUCAUUAUUCGGUAGAGAUUGUUCUGUCCAAAGACGUCAUCAAAAAAUUAUUGAAGAAGCACCUGUUACAAUUGCAAAACAAGAUACUUUUGGUGAGAUGGAAAAAGCUGCAAUCAGAUUAGGUAAAUUAGUUGGAUACGUUUCUGCGGGUACUGUUGAAUAUUUAUAUUCUCAUGAUGAUAAUAAGUUUUAUUUCUUGGAAUUAAAUCCAAGACUACAAGUCGAACAUCCAACAACCGAAAUGGUUAGUGGUGUUAAUUUACCAGCUGCUCAAUUACAAAUUGCCAUGGGUAUCCCUAUGCACAGAAUUACGGAUAUCAGAAUAUUAUAUGGUUUAAAUCCUCAUACCGCAACAGAAAUUGAUUUUGAAUUCAAAAAUCAAGAUUCACUCAAAUCACAAAGAAAACCAACUCCAAAAGGUCAUUGUACCGCUUGUCGUAUUACUUCUGAAGAUCCAAACGAAGGUUUUAAACCUUCUGGUGGUUCUUUGCAUGAAUUGAAUUUCCGCUCUUCUUCGAACGUAUGGGGUUACUUUUCUGUUGGUAAUAAUGGUGGCAUUCAUUCAUUUUCAGAUUCUCAAUUCGGUCAUAUAUUUGCAUUUGGUGAAAAUAGACAAGCAUCAAGAAAGCAUAUGGUUGUUGCUUUAAAAGAAUUAUCAAUUAGAGGUGAUUUUAGAACAACUGUUGAGUACUUGAUUAAACUUUUAGAGACAGAAGAUUUUGAAGAUAAUACUAUUACCACUGGUUGGUUAGACGAUUUAAUCUCUCAAAAGAUGACGGCUGAAAAACCAGACUCAACUUUAGCUGUUGUAUGUGGUGCUGCAACAAAAGCCUUUAUUGCGUCAGAAGCUUCUCGUCAAGAAUACAUCAGUUCCUUACAGCGAGGCCAAGUUCCAGCCAAAACGUUAUUACAGACAAUGUUCCCAGUUGAGUUUAUUCAUGAAGGCAAAAGAUAUAAAUUUACAGUUGCAAAGUCUGCUGAUGAUCGUUAUACAUUAUUUAUCAAUGGUUCUAAAUGUGAAGUACGCGCUCGUAAACUUUCCGAUGGUGGUUUAUUAAUCGCUGUUGGAGGUAAAUCUCAUACUAUUUAUUGGAAAGAAGAGGUUUCUGCUACAAGAUUAUCUGUUGAUUCAAUGACGACUUUAUUGGAAGUUGAGAAUGAUCCAACUCAAUUACGUUCUCCCUCUCCUGGUAAAUUAGUUAAAUUUUUAGUUGAAAAUGGUGAACAUAUUAAGACUGGUCAACCAUAUGCUGAAGUGGAAGUUAUGAAAAUGCAGAUGCCUUUACUUGCACAAGAAAGUGGUGUCGUUCAACUAUUGAAACAACCUGGCUCCACUAUUGCUGCAGGUGAUAUUAUAGCUAUCUUAACUUUGGAUGAUCCAUCAAAGGUUAAACAUGCUUUACCAUUUGAAGGUAUGUUACCAGAUUUCGGUGCUCCUGUUAUUGAAGGUACCAAACCUGCCUAUAAAUUUAACUCCUUGGUUACAACGUUGCAGAAUAUUUUAAAAGGUUAUGAUAAUCAAGUUAUUAUGAACGCUUCUUUAAAACAAUUGAUUGAAGUAUUAAGAGAUCCACAUUUACCUUACUCAGAAUGGAAAUUGCAAAUUUCAGCUCUACAUUCAAGAUUGCCAAUUAAAUUGGACGAACAGUUGGAACAACUUGUUGAUCGUUCUUCCAAACGUGGUGCUUUGUUUCCUGCAAGACAGCUGUCCAAGUUAAUGGAAAGUGCUAUGAAACAACCAGGUACUGACCCUAUGUUAUCUACUGUGAUGGCUCCAUUGUUGGAUAUUACCACACGUUAUGCUAACGGUUUACAAGCUCAUGAACAUUCUGUCUUUGUUAAGUUCUUGGAAGAAUACUAUGACGUUGAAAAAUUGUUCAGUGCACCAAAUGUUCGUGAAGAAAACGUUAUUUUAAAGUUACGUGAUGAAAAUGUGGACGAUUUACAAAAAGUUGUAAUAAUUGUUUUAUCUCAUGCCAAGGUUGCAGCCAAGAACAAUUUAAUUUUAGCCAUUUUGAAGCACUACCAACCGCUAUGCAAACUUUCUUCGGAUGUUGCAGCAAUUAUUUCUGUUCCAUUGAAACACAUUGUAGAACUGGAAUCUAAAGCCACUGCAAAAGUUGCACUACAAGCAAGAGAAAUUUUGAUUCAAGGUGCCUUACCUUCUGUGAAGGAAAGAACAGAACAAAUUGAACAUAUUUUGAAGUCAUCUGUUGUCAAGACAUCCUAUGGUGAUACUAAUCCAAAACGUACUGAACCGGACAUGGAAAUUUUGAAAGACUUGAUUGAUUCGAACUAUGUGGUUUUUGAUGUUUUGUCUCAAUUUUUGAAUCAUCCUGAUUCAUCUGUUUCUGCUGCGGCUGCUCAGGUUUAUGUACGUCGUGCAUACAGAGCAUAUACAAUUGGUGAUGUUAUUGUUCAUGAAGCUACUAAUCCAAUUUGUGAAUGGAAAUUUCAAUUACCUUCUGCAGCUUUCACUGCAGUUCCUCAAAUGAAAUCAAAGCUUGGCAUGAACAGAGCAAUAUCCGUGUCUGAUUUGACUUAUACUGCUGACAGUCAAAGUUCACCAUUGAGAACAGGUAUUUUGGCUUCUGCUGAUCAUCUUGAUGAUGUUGACGAAAUCCUAUCUCAAAGUUUGGAAAUUAUUCCUCAUGGCAAUUCUCUGUCUUCUAAUGGUCCAGCACCAGACAGAUCGGGUAGCGCAGCUCCGUCUUUGAGUAACGUUGCUAACAUUUAUGUGAACUCCACUGAUGGUUUCGAAUCUGACGUUGAUGUUCUUAAAAGGUUAAGAGAAAUAUUGGAUCUAAACAAACAGGAAUUGAUUGAUGCCGCAAUCCGUCGUAUUACUUUCAUGUUUGGCUUCAAAGAUGGUUCGUAUCCUAAGUAUUAUACUUUCAAAGGUCCUUCUUACGAUGAAGAUGAAACUAUUCGUCAUAUUGAACCCGCUUUGGCCUUCCAAUUGGAAUUAGGAAGAAUGUCUAACUUCAACAUCAAAUCCAUUUUUACAGAAAACAGAAACAUUCAUGUGUAUGAAGCUGUCGGUAAAACCUCUCCACUUGAUAAGAGAUUCUUUACUAGAGGAAUUAUUAGAACAGGUCGUAUUCGUGAGGAUAUCUCCAUUCAAGAGUAUUUGACCUCAGAAGCUAACAGAUUGAUGAGUGAUAUUUUGGACAACUUAGAAAUUAUUGACACCUCAAACUCAGAUUUGAAUCAUAUUUUUAUCAACUUUUCUGCAGUAUUUGACAUCUCUCCACAGGAUGUCGAAGCAGCCUUCGGAGGCUUCCUGCAAAGAUUUGGUAAAAGAUUACUGAGGUUACGUGUUGCAUCAGCCGAAUUACGUAUUAUCACUAAAGAUCCUCAAACAGGCGCGGCAGUACCAUUGAGAGCUUUGAUCAACAACGUGUCUGGUUAUGUAGUCAAAACCGAAUUGUACACAGAAGUCAAAAAUGCUAAGGGCGAAUGGGUAUUCAAAUCACUGGGUAAACCAGGUUCUAUGCAUUUGAGAUUGAUUGCAACACCUUACCCUGUUAAGGAAUGGUUGCAACCAAAACGUUACAAGGCCCAUUUGAUGGGUACCACUUACGUUUACGAUUUCCCUGAUCUAUUUCAUCAAGCAGCUGCUUCUAGAUGGGAAGCUUAUUCGCCAAAGACAAGACUAUCUGAUGAUUUUUUCGUCGCCAAUGAAUUGAUAGAAGAUGAGAACGGCGAAUUGACUGAAGUUGAUCGUGAACCUGGCGCUAACGCAAUUGGUAUGGUAGCCUUCAAGAUUACUGUCAAGACUCCUGAAUAUCCUCGUGGUCGUCAAUUCGUAAUUGUUGCAAACGAUAUUACUUUCAAGAUUGGCUCUUUCGGUCCUCAAGAAGAUGAAUUCUUCAACAAAGUAACUGAGUAUGCCAGAAAGCGCGGUAUUCCAAGAAUUUACUUGUCAGCAAACUCCGGUGCAAGAAUUGGUAUCGCUGAAGAAUUAGUCCCAUUGUACAAAGUUGCUUGGAAUGAUCCUAAUGAUCAGACCAGGGGUUUCGAUUAUUUGUACUUAACAUCAGAUAAUUUGGAAGAAUUGAAAAAAUAUGGAAAGGAAAAUUCUGUUGUUACCGAACGUAUCGUGGAAGAUGGUGAAGAAAGACAUGUUAUCAAAGCCAUCAUUGGUGCGGAAGAUGGUCUUGGUGUUGAAUGUUUGAAGGGUUCUGGUUUGAUUGCUGGUGCCACUUCAAAAGCAUAUCAAGAUAUUUUCACCUGUACAUUGGUGACCUGUAGAUCUGUCGGUAUCGGUGCAUAUUUGGUUAGAUUAGGUCAAAGAGCUAUUCAAAUUGAAGGCCAGCCAAUCAUUUUAACUGGUGCACCAGCUAUCAAUAAGGUUUUAGGUAGAGAAGUUUAUUCCUCAAAUCUACAACUUGGUGGUACUCAGAUCAUGUAUAACAAUGGUGUCUCUCAUCUAACAGCUCCUGAUGAUUUCGCUGCCGUUGAAAAAAUUUUAGAGUGGUUGUCGUACGUUCCUGCAAAGCGUAACAUGCCUGUUCCAAUUCUUGAAACCGAUGAUAAAUGGGACAGAGAAAUCGGGUUUGUACCAACUCGUGAUGAGGCGUAUGACGUCAGAUGGAUGCUAGAAGGUCGCGAAACUGCUGAUGGAUUUGAAUCUGGUCUAUUCGAUAAGAGUUCUUUCUUUGAAACUUUAUCAGGAUGGGCAAGAGGUGUCGUUGUUGGUAGAGCCCGUCUUGGCGGUAUCCCAUUAGGUGUUAUUGCGGUUGAAACUAGGAUGGUUGAACAUUUGAUUCCUGCUGAUCCGGCCAAUCCAGAUUCUACUGAAACUUUGGUUCAGGAAGCUGGUGGUGUUUGGUAUCCAAACUCAGCAUUCAAGACAGCUCAAGCGAUCAACGACUUCAAUAAUGGUGAGCAAUUACCAUUAAUGAUCCUGGCUAACUGGAGAGGUUUCUCUGGUGGUCAACGUGAUAUGUAUAACGAAGUGUUAAAAUACGGAUCUUUCAUUGUUGAUGCAUUGGUUGACUACAAACAACCAAUCAUGGUCUACAUUCCGCCAACUGGUGAACUUAGAGGUGGUUCCUGGGUUGUUGUUGAUCCAACUAUCAAUCCUGAUCAAAUGGAAAUGUAUGCGGAUGUUGAUUCUAGAGCUGGUAUUCUGGAGCCUGCAGGUAUGGUUGGUGUGAAGUAUCGUAGAGAAAAAUUAUUAGGCACCAUGGCAAGAUUAGAUCCAGCCUACAAAUCGUUGAAGGCAAAACUUGCAGACUCAUCUUUAUCAAGCGAAGAUCAUCAAGAAAUUUCAAAGCAGUUGGCUGCACGUGAGCAACUAUUGUCUCCAAUUUACAGUCAAAUUAGUGUACAGUUCGCUGAUCUACAUGAUAGAUCAACUCGUAUGGUUGCCAAAGGUGUUAUCAAAAAGGAGCUGCAUUGGGUUGAGGCUCGUCGUUUCUUCUUCUGGAGAUUGAGAAGAAGAUUAAACGAAGAGUAUUUGAUCAAGAGACUAGAUGCAGAAUUACCGCAUGCCCCAAGAUUAGAAAAAAUUGCUAGGUUAAGAUCAUGGUACCCUGCUUCUGUUGAUCAUGAUAAUGACAGACAAGUUGCAACUUGGAUUGAGGAGAAUUACCAAUUAUUGGAUGAACACUUGAAAACGUUGAAACUGGAGUCAUUCGCACAAGGCCUAGCUAAAUCUAUAAGAACCGAUCAUGACAACGUUAUCACAGGUUUAGCAGCCGUAUUAAAAAUGCUAUCCGCCGAAGAUAAGGAGAAACUUACGAAAAGUUUGAAGUAA